AUGGGUAGUCGUUUAAGUAGAUCAUCAUCAACACGAUACCAAGAAAAAAAAACAAAAUGGGGAAAAGAAAAAACGAAAGAAGUACGUCAAAUGACAACAUCACCUGAAGUUGAUCAAUAUUUUGUUCACAAUAGUAAUGAACAAAAAAAAUCAGAAAGAAAUCUGAUUAAUACAUAUGAUGAUUGGAAAAAACAAAUAGAUCAACAACAGAUGACAAAUUUUAAUGAUCCACCGGGUGCACCAACGACUUAUUCAUCUAAUUAUCCAAAUAUUCAAAAUGAGCUAAUGAAUCAAUCAUGGCCAUCACAUCAUGAUGUAAAUAAUCAAUAUUAUGUAAUGGCAACACCAUCUAAUAUACCGUAUGACCAUAAUCAAUAUGUUCACACUCAAAUGCUAAAUACCUCUAUUAGUCAAGCUCAACAAGUUACUUCUGAAGAACGACCAUCAAAAAAAGUACAAUUUGCUCGUCCUAUUCAACCAGGAGUAUCUUCUAAAAAUCCCUUAACUAGUACUCAAUCUUGGCAUGACCAUAAUGCUACAACUAACGAUUUAUCUGCUCCCAUAACACGACAAGAUCCAUCAUCAAAUAGACAACCUAUGCAUCGAUCACAAUUACUUACAUCGAAUACAUCAUCAACUCAACCAGUUGUACAAAAACCUAUUUAUGUUGGUAUUGAUCAUAAAGCAACAUUGGCCGAACGUGGUCAAAGAACUGCAACUAAACGUCAUCAUAAAGAUAGUGAUAAAAAUAACCUCGAACCAAUAAAUUCUGCUACAACUAAUCAUAGGACACGUUCUCAUAAACAUCAUCAACAUAAAAAUCAAGAAUCGAAUGAUUUAUCGACUUCUAAAGUCAAUGUUCAAUCAAAUAAAACUGUACAACCUUUACAAAAUAAAUUAUCAAGUGCACCCCGUUCAUUGACAACAACAUCAACAUCAACAAUAAUACCAAAUAAAUCAAUACUAAAUAAUGAACAACCUAUAUUUAAUGAAAAUGAUACCCAAGUAUCAAGAAUAAGACAUAAUCGUCAAUCACAACCUCAACCUUCAGAACAACAAUCAAAUGUUGACAAUGAAACAAAACAAUUAAGAAAUAAAGGAAAUCAUGCACAACAAAAACAACAAUCACGUGUACCUAAUAAUCGAAAUAACUCGCCUUUGCAAACAGAACCACCACGACGAAAUGAAAAUAAACAUGACAGUGCACCAGUCAUAAGAGUUGCUCUAUCACCACAACGACAGCCACAACGACAAAAAUCAUCUGCAAUGCCUUCUAUAGGAACUACUACAACAAAUGUUACUCGAACACGUGUAUAA